AUGAGGGCCCACUACUUUGUGCAGGGCAAGAAGUCCCAGGGCUGGAGGGAAGCCCAGGUGUUGAAGGUGGGCGUGCACAUGCACUUCGGCAAGGCCGACAUGGGGCCAGGCACCUUCGGCGUCUUGCUGCAGUUCGGCUUCGGCAACGAGAGCACGCGGAAGUGGGUGGCCCGCCAGGUGGUGCCACCCACCUGGAUCCUCAGCGGUGUCGAGGACGCCUCGGUGGCCAGCGCCCUGCGGGAGUCUGGGAUCCUGGACGAGCAGCAGGCCUUUUGGGGGCUCCUGCUACCUGAGACGGAGAUGCAGGCCAUUGCGCGCUUGGAGGGCUGCCAGAGGAAGGCCUUGUACACGGUGCGCGCGCAGGCCACGAAGCUGCACGACGAGGCCCUGCCGCGGGUUCGGGAAAGGUUCCAGAAGCUCGGCUACGGUGACGAAAUGCUUGGCACCGUGCUGGACUGGAUUCAGGACCUGGCGCCGGUGGUGGUGCACCUACACCUGGACAAGAUGGGUGCCUUCAUGGAGAUCGACGAGUUCUACCGCAGCCAGUUCGAAACAAAGACGAGCUGCGGCGCCCUGGAUCCACAGAACCUCACCCGCCAGAACUGGGAGAAGGAGCUCUUCGGGGGUGCCUACGACGAUGCCAAGCCCUUCGACCGCUGUAAGUAUGGCGCUCUGAGCGUCAUGAACGACUACCGGGGAGUGAUCCCAGCUAGGCAGUACGGAGACUCCUAUCUUGUUUUGAAGGACGUGCGCCUGCGCUGCACCUUUGCCAGCACCGACUCUGGCGGCAUCAGCGGGUCGCGACUGGCUGUACUGGACAAGUACGCGCACGUGCUGAGCGAGUACAACGACAACGAGCUCCAUGGGGCGGCAGCUGGCCGCAGUUUUGGCUCACGCGCCAUGUUCGAUUAUGACCAGCUGGAGGAGGAGCUGUCGGGGAAGCCCAGCAGCACGCCCUUCCCCCCAGAGGCGCCUCGGGUGAUUUUGGAGCCCCUUGCGCCGCCUCCGGAGCCGGAGGAGACGGAAGCCGCGGAAUCCGCGGCACCGGAUCCCGCCUUGCGCCUCGAGCCCAUGGCGCACUCCCUUCCCAUGCGGGCGGGCGCGAAGCUGCCAGUGGUACCGCCAGUGCGGGGUGCACAGCUGCCUGCAGACGAGAGCCUUUUCAUGUGGAUGUCGCAGAAGUUCCAUCUGGGCCAGGACCCUGGAAGUGACAUGUUCCUGCUGGGCGACCCGGGCCCACAUCUCCGGGCAAUGGCGUUGCACUUUGCGGCCGCCAUGGGACGGGAGGUGGAGUACAUUGGCAUCACCCGCGACACAACGGAGGCAGACCUCAAGCAACGGCGGGAGAUCCUUGAGGGCCAGCUGGUGUUCUUCAACGCUCCGGCGGUGGAGGCAGCCUUGCACGGGCGCGUGUUGAUCUUGGAAGGCAUGCAGAAGGCGGAGCGAAACGUGCUGCCGCUGCUCAACAACCUCCUGGAGAACCGCGAGAUGUCGUUGGAAGACGGCAGCUUCCUCAUGGCGCCGGGGCGGGAGGAGGAUAUUUCUUUGGCGGCAGAAGGCGGCAGAUGCCUGUUGCCGGUCUCCAAAGACUUUCUGGUGAUCGCCAUCGGCCUGCCGGUGCCCAAGUACCCGGGCACGGCCCUGGACCCCCCGCUGCGCUCCCGCUUCGCGGCGCGCACGGUGAAAGGGGACAACGCCUUCUCGCUGCCCGAGGCGCAGGCGGCGGAAGCGGGGAAGUUGAUGGAGACGGUGAGGCUUUGGAGGGCCGCCGGGCUGCCGCGGUUCCCGGAGUUCGGGCUGCUGUCGGUGCUGCGGCUGCUGAAGCUCUUCCCUCAGCUUCCGCAGGCCUUGGCCUUGCAGAGCGCCUACCCCUGGACGGUGCUGGCGCUGAGCCCAACUCAGCGGCAGCAGCUGCAGUGGGUGCUGAAGACCCAAAGCCUGGAGCUGGAGCGCCAGGCCUACAGCUUCAAGGCCGCUGAGCUCCAAGAUCUUUGGGCGGAGCUGCGCUUUGAGCUGGGCGCGGAGGUGACGAGGGUGGAGUGCCCUUGUGGGUCCUGGCCCAGCCGGACGGAGGCCGUGUUGGCCUCGCUGGCAGUCAGCCAGCGCUCCGUGCUGGCACGGAUGCUGCAAGACCACUGCGCGGGGAUGGACAUCUGCCUGGUGGGAGAGCGGGGCGUGGGCAAGACCGCGCUCUGCCGCGCCUUUGCGGAGGUCUUGGGGUACCGGAGCUACAGCGUCUUCUGCUUCAAGGACAUGACGUCCCGAGAUCUGACCCUGCGACGGGGCACGGAUGACCGGGGCAACACCAUUUGGCAAGCAUCGCCCUUGAUGAAGGCGGCGCUGGAGGGUGGGCUGGCAAUCUUGGACGGGGUCCACCGCUUGGCCGCGGGCGCGCUGAGCGGCGCGAUCGGGCGGCUGCUCUGCGACCGCGCGGCCACCCUGGCGGAUGGCACCAAGCUGGUGCCAGAGGCGCAGUGGCGGCGUUGGCGCCGGACCUGGACAGAAGCGGAGCUGCUGGCGCAGGGCUUCCGGGCGGUGUCGAAGGCCUUCCGGGUGGUGGCCACGGCGGAGCCGCCGCAGGAGGAGAAAAAUUGGCUGGACGAUGAGCUGCUCACCCUGUUCCACUUUACAGAGGUGAAGCCCGUGCCGGGCUCGCAGCAGCUGCAGCUCGUGGCCCGCCUCUGCCAGCUGACGCCGGAAGAGCCGCUGCUGCAGGGGCUGGUGGCCUACGGCAAGGCGCUCCGCGCGGCGGCGAAGUCGGACGCAGCGCUGCAGCCUUUGCUGCUGUCCCUGCGGCAGCUGCUGCAGGCGGGGCGGCGGCUGAGCGCCCGGCCGAAUGAAUCCCAGGAGGUGGUGAGGGCGGCGCUCACGGCCUACGUCGACUUCCUGCCGCCACUCUCCAAGCAGAGCGUGCUGCGCAUGAUGCGGGAGGCCAUGAAGGGCGUGGGGCUGCAGGUGGACCUUGACAACCCCGAGGAGAGCAAGGAGGCGAGGCGUCGCGCCCAGCUGGCAGAAGAGCGGGGGGAGAGGCUCAAAGCGCUGGAGGAGCCGGCCAUCGGCCUCCGCUUCGGGCGGGACAAGCGGGCGGAGCAGCUCAUUCAAGAGGAGACUGCCACCUUGCGCGAGGAGAGCGGACGAGAGCGCCAACGCCAGCGGGAGGAGCUGCUGAAGGCCGCCCGAGGCGGCAGCUCCGCCUCCGGCGGCGCGCGCGGCGCCGCGAGGCUGGCGCUGGAGCUCACGGAGGAGGAGCUGUGCCUCGGGGGUGUCCGGUGCCCGCGGCACCGGCCGGCCAGGCCGGAGUUGGUACCCAAGACGGUCUUCGUAGACAUCCCGCAGCACCUCACCAUCCUUAGGUCCAUGUUGGUGGACUGGAUGCUGCAGCAGCACCUUCUCCUCAUCGGCAACCAAGGCGUCGGCAAGAACAAGCUGGCGGACCGCUUCCUGGGCAUGCUGCGGCUGGAGAGAGAGUACGUACAGCUGCACCGAGACACCUCAGUGCAGUCCCUGACUCUGCAGCCCAUGCUGCAGAAUGGGGUGGUGGUCUACCAGGACUCGCCCCUGGUGUCCGCGGUGCGCCACGGCCGGGUGCUGGUCAUCGACGAGGCGGACAAGGCCCCCCUGGAGGUAGUAUGCAUCCUGAAGAGUCUGGCGGAAGAUGGCGAGUUCUCCCUUGGAGAUGGCCGGACGAUAAUGAAGAAGGAGCGGAUUCCCCAGUUCGUGGAGGACCCAAAGUUGCUGCCCAUUGCCGAUGGCUUCCGCAUGAUCGUGCUGGCCAACCGUCCGGGGUAUCCCUUCCUGGGCAACGACUUCUACCGGGAGUGCGGGGACGUCUUCGCCUCCUUCGCCAUCGACAACCCCGACGUGGCCUCGGAGGUGGAGCUGCUGCGGAGCUACGGCCCUUCCGUGCCCAAGGAGACGCUGGCGCGGCUGCUGGCGCUCUUCGCGGAGCUGCGGCGUCUCGUCGCGGAGGGCCUCCUGGCGUACCCCUACUCCACCCGCGAGCUGGUGCGCAUCGUGCGGCACCUGGACAGCUUUCCGGACGACCCGGUUGAAGAGGUCUUCGCGGAUGUCUUUGAGUUCGACUGGCAUGAUGACAAGCUCAGAGAGACCCUGAUGGAGGUGCUGCACAGUUGCGGCUUCAAGCUCGACCCCCCGGGGGCCAAAGCUGUGAAGCACGGCGACGCGAAGAAGCGCCUGCCGAAGGACUUCAAGUCUGCGAAGCACUAUGACUCGGGUGAGAUGGCGGAGAACGACGGGGAGGGCUUCAACCCCGGGGACGUGGGCACCAAGAACUACGACGACCAAACCGACCGCUCCGGGAAGCGCCACGCGCCGCGGGCGGGGAACUGGGAUGGGCGCCAGCACAUCGGCGAAGGCCCCUGGGACGGUGGCAGCGGCGGCACAGGAACGGCGGGCAUCGGAGGCCGUGCUGGGCCGUACCGCCUGGAUGUGGGGCAGGAGCUGGUGAUGCUUUCGGAAGACCAGAAGACGGAGGUCCCUGAGGAAUGGCACAAGAAGGCGCAGCAGAUGGCAGACGAGGCGUAUGCCAACAGGCUGAGGGAGCUGAAGAUGAGCGCUCAUGAUGAGCAGGAGUACCGACGCCUACGGGAGGCCGUGGCUGCGCAGAUCGCGGCCUUUCGCCUGGUGCUGCAGAGCCACGAAGCCAAGGAGCGGGAGCGCAGCUGGCAGAAACAGCAGCAGCACGGGGAGUUGGAUGAGAUGCGGCUGGUGGACGGCAUCGCCGGGGCCCGCAACAUCUACCGCCGCCGGGGGGAAGCGGAGCACCAGGGCGGGGACCAGGUGCUGCCGAAGCGCGUGAAGUUCGUGAUGGACUGCAGCGGGUCCAUGUACACCUUCAAUCGCAUUGACCAGCGCCUGCAGAGGCUGAUGGAGGCGGCGAUCUUCAUCUUCGAGAGCUUCAAGGGCUUCGAGCAGAAGUACGAGUACGCCAUGGUGGGCCACAGCGGCUCUGGCGCGGAGGCGGAGAGCUUCGUGGCGUGGGGCAAGCCGCCCUCAGAGCCCAAGGAGCAGCUCGCAAUUGUGCAGCAGAUGGCGGCGCACGCUCAGUACUCCCACAGCGGGGAUCACACUCUGCAGGCGACCGACCGGGCCAUCAAGGACGUGCUCCGCAAGCCCGCAGAUGAGCACUACGUCUUCGUGGUCAGCGACGCAGAUCUGGCGAGGUACGGCAUCUCCCCAGCAUCAUGGAACAAGAUUCUGAUGCAGGACAAGCGGGUCAACGCCUAUGUGAUCCUCAUCAGCUCCAACACGGACGAGGCCGAGACUAUCAAAUCGGGGCUCACUCCUGGCCAUGGCUUUGUUUGCGAGCACAACGACCUCCUGGCGGUGACCUUCAAGCAGGCCGGCGCGGGAAGGCUCGUGGCCCAAAACGCGGCCUCUGACGACGCUGGCGUGCGCGCCCGGUACCUGGUUAUCCUGGUGGCCUCGAACGCCAAGGCGGGCUCUGGAAAGGGCGUGGUGCGGCCGGAGCUGCUGAGAGGAGGCACUGAGGACCCCUGCAUGGACUGGAUCACCAUGGGCUACCCCAAGCUUGCGCAGUCCAGCGGCAAGUACUAUUUCGAGGUGAACCUCGUCAAAGGUGCGGAAGCGCCGCAGGUUGGGCUCCUCAGCAAGGACUUCAAGCUUCAGCCUGGCGCCCCGAGUACUCAGGGCGUGGGCGACUGCAAGCACGGCUGGUCUGUCGACGGCCAGAGCAGCAUCCGCUGGCACGGAGGCGAGGCGCUGCCGUGGGGCCAGACCUGGGAAUCCCAGGAGGGCACCCGGAAGCUCAACAAAGAUGUCACCAUCGGCGUGGCCGUGGAUUUGGACAACCGCGCCCUGUACUUCUCCACGGACGGCCAGUGGGAUGAGAAGGCCAUGGAGUUCCCCGCCUUUGGCAAGGAGACCGCGCUGUCGCAGGCAGCGAACUGUUCCCCGCCAUCUCCCUCAAAGGUAGGGCCUCCUUCGACUUCGGCCCGUACUGGAAGUUCCAGCCGCCCACUCGGAAGGGCAAGACGCCCUUCAACGUCUGGCGACUGGCACCGCCCGGUGUUCACCGCGUGGACGUGCCGCACAUCGGCAACUCCGAGAUGCUGA